CCAUGACAUUCAUAUCCGGUUUAGAAGUAUCCGUUUGUGUCUCGUAUUGAAGUAUUUGACUGCAAAGCUGAGUUUUUAGUAAACAACUUUUUGGUUUAAAUUGUGCCCUAAGUAAAUUAUGGCAGGGUGCCUAGAAAAUUUACAGCUUCCCCCAUGUGUUUGGUUCGAAGGAGAUGAUAAAAGAAACGCAAUUGCUUCGAUUGUAGCUGGUGUUCUGUUUUUCACUGGUUGGUGGUUAAUUAUAGAUGUUCAAGCAGCAUAUCCUCAAGCUGAGCAGUUCAAUAAAGCAUAUCACGUCUGUGGUGUAUUUGGAACCAUCUCGUUAUUUAUGAUCAAUUCUGUUUCAAAUGCUCAAAUUCGAGGUGAUGCCUACUCUGGUGGCUGCUUUGGCUCUCGUGGUGCCAGAUUCUGGCUUUUUGGUGGAUUCGUUAUGGGUUUUGGAGCUGUAAUUGCUUCUUGUUGGAUCUUAUUUGAUGACUAUGUUGCGUAUGGUGAAGGAAAAUAUUCUGCAUGGCCAGGAGUGGGUCUUUUCCUACAGAAUGCUUUCAUUUUUGUUGGUUCAUUGGUAUUUAAGUUUGGAAGAACAGAAGAUCAUUGGAAUUAAUAGAUACUGAUUUUCCUAUUGACUCUGGUGGUGCAGCAUUAACACAUAUGGUACUGGGUAGAAAAAUUGAGUUACCAUGAUCUGGUGUGAUGUUUCAUUGCACAAGAAACAGAGUGUAGAAGACUGCAUUAUGAUUUAUGUUGCUUACUGUAAUAACCUCUGGCUAAUUUUUAUCCAUGUUACAAAUAAUGGUUAGUGUCCUGUACUCCACAAAAUUCCAUAUUUCAUACACAAUUGUUACAUCUAGUACUAGCAUUCACAAGCACAAAUGUUCUAAUUUUUUAGCCAUGCGAAUCAUGUAUUUUCUGGACUAUAGGAUGCACACAGGUUUCAGAAAGAUACUUGCCAGAAAAAAACAUAUUAUAAUUUCAACUAUAAUAUGUUUAGAGAUUUUAGGCAGCAUUUUCUGGGAUAUUCCUUAUAUCUUAUACUCCAUAAUAUAUGGUCAGUGCAUUAUUCUUCAGAAUUUACAGAUCUUACAAGGUACUUAUAUUUAAGGCAAUAAUGUUAUCAUAUAUUGCAUGUGUCAGAUAUUGCCAUAAUUAAUUAAUACUUAUCUGUUUGUAUUUAAUUUUUUUUAAAUAUGUUGUAUAGAUAUUAACAUACUGUCAUCACCACUAUUACCACCUCCACUAUGACUAAUAUUACUAUUGCUGUGUACAUUUACAUCAGCAUACUGUUGUUUGGUAAAGCCAGACAUCUAAAUUAAGAAGUUGAGGUAUAUAUCUAACAGUAGCACAACAAAUAGUAAUGAACAGAAGUAUUUUGUGCAAGACAUGUUACCAAGUAAUAAUAAUUGUAACAUCUGUUACGCUGUAUUCUCUAAAACAUAAGUCUGUGUCUGCAUGACACUGAACAGAAAGUAACUGCAUAUUAUAAAAUCUCAAACAUAACGCAACUUACAUUAAGCUAAUAAAACAAGUAAUUAUAUUACUUAUUUAAAUUGGCUGUAAAAUAAGUAUGACUUACAAAACUUAAUGUAUGGCUGUUAGUUCGUAGCCAUUAAAAAUCAUUUAAAUGACAUUCAAAGAUUUUAAUAAAUUGUAAAUGCUUCCUCUGACUGUACAACUUCAUACUAUGAAUGGCUCUGCAAAUCACCAGUUUUAUAAAUAGUAGCAUUACUUUCAAAUUAUAGAAAGAAUAAAUGUAAAUAUAAUUCUUUAUAACUAGACAGACAGAUUAAUUAGAAUCUUAAUUCUGAUAUUAAGCUUGCGAUACUAUUGAUGAAAGUUUGUAUAGGUACUGAAAGUACAGCAAUUACAUUGCCACGUGGGUGUGAAAUGUUCAGUAUUGUGUGGAAUUUGAAAGAAUGGAUUAAAUAUUACAAAUUGUAUUGUUGUCUUGAUUCAUUGUGGUACAAUGAAAACAUUUGUAUGUGGAAGUUGAUGAUCAUUAAUAUAUUGAAUAAAUAAUUAUAAAGUAACA